AUGGCAGUAAAUACAAAUCACUGUCUUCUUUUGGCUGUUGUAUGUAUUGUUUGUUAUUACAAUAGCCUUCAAUGCGGGUUUGUCUUCGAUGACAUUAGUGCAAUUAAGGACAAUCGAGAUUUGAGACCACACACUCCUAUUAAAAAUAUAUUUUUUAAUGAUUUUUGGGGCACUCCAAUGGAAAAGGAACAAAGUCACAAGUCAUAUAGGCCUUUAUGCGUACUUACUUUUCGUUGGAAUUAUUUUAUUCAUCAAUUAGAGCCCUUUGGAUACCACUUAGUAAACCUCAUUUUACAUUUAAUUGUGUGUAUUUUGUAUUAUAAUAUGUGUUCAAUGUUCAUGUCUAAUAUGGGAAGCUUUGUUUCAUCAAUGUUAUUCGCAGUUCAUCCCAUUCAUACGGAGGCAGUUACUGGUGUAGUAGGUAGAGCUGAAACAUUAUCCUCAGUAUUUUUUCUUUCUUCUUUUAUCUUUUACACGAGAGCAACAAAGCAGGGUCUCCACGUUGGUUGGAAGUCUCUUAUUCUGUCAAUGUGUUGUAUGGCAACUGCUAUGUUUUGCAAAGAACAAGGCAUUACUAUAGCUGGUGUUUGCUUUGUUUAUGAAGUAUUUGUGGCUCAAAAGAUAAGACUGACGUUUAUUCAAAAUGUAGCCAAAAAUGUUUGGAAUAAACCUGGUCACACAAAUGUUUGGUCAUCAUCAGGGAGUAAAAGAUUAUGUGUAUUAUUAGCCACUACCAUAUGCCUUCUAUUGACGCGCUUACAAAUUAUGGGAUCUCGGCUUCCUGUAUUUACUAGGUUUGACAAUCCUGCAUCAGUUUCGCCGACUCCAGUUCGUCAGUUAACAUACAAUUACCUUGUUUCACUAAAUUUAUGGCUUUUAUUGUUUCCGUGCGAUCUUUGUUGCGAUUGGACCAUGGGAACGGUGCCUCUUGUACAGUCAUUUUUAGAUCCACGUAAUAUAGCAACAAUUUUUUCUUAUUUAGUUUUGGGUAUGCUAAUUAUUAUAGCUCUAUUGAGUGACGGCAAAGAGCGUUCAAUUUUAAUUAUAAUGAGCUUGACUUUUUUAGCGCUUCCUUUCUUGCCUGCAUCUAAUUUAUUUUUUCCUGUUGGAUUUGUGAUUGCUGAAAGAGUAUUAUAUAUACCAUCGAUGGGAUUUUGUAUGAUGGUCGGUUACGGAUGGUCUCUGAUAGAAAAGAAAAAGUCUAAAAAAAUCGCUUGGAUCGGUGUUUCUUUGCUUCUUUUAUUUCACAGUUUUAAAACUUUAACAAGAAAUUGGGAUUGGGAAUCGGAAUACUCCAUUUUUAUGGCCGGUUUAAAAGUUAAUCAAAAAAAUGCAAAAUUGUUCAACAAUGUCGGUCAUGCUUUGGAAAGUCAAGGACGGUUUAAAGAAGCUCUAGUUUAUUUCAAGAAAGCCGUUAGUGUUCAAGAGGACGACAUUGGAGCUCACAUAAAUGUCGGUCGAACGUUCAAUCAAUUAAAAAUGUUUAAAGAAGCAGAAGAAGCUUAUUUAAAAGCAAAAUCUCUUUUACCCAAAGCAAAACCCGGUGAAUCUUAUCAAACGCGAAUCGCUCCAAAUCAUUUAAACGUAUUUUUAAAUUUGGCAAAUUUAAUAGCAAAAAAUGUAACUCGGUUGGAGGAAGCGGAUUUAUUAUAUCGACAAGCCAUAAGUAUGAGAGCAGACUACACUCAGGCAUACAUCAAUCGAGGAGACAUCCUUUUAAAAUUAAAUAGAACUAAAGAAGCGCAAGAAGUUUAUGAGAGAGCACUUUUUUAUGAUAACAAUAAUCCAGACAUAUACUAUAAUUUGGGAGUAGUUUUUCUAGAACAAGGUAAGGCAUCGCAAGCCUUGGCUUAUUUAGAUAAAGCUUUAGAAUUUGAUCCAGAUCACGAACAAGCUCUCUUGAACUCUGCAAUACUUCUUCAAGAACUCGGAAGGGUGGAAUUGCGAAAAAUCGCACGAGACAGACUUUUAAAACUUUUAAACAAGGAUGCGACAAACGAGAGAGUGUAUUUUAAUUUAGGAAUGUUGGCAAUGGAUGACCACGACGUAUCCGGUGCCGAACAUUGGUUUAGAUUAGCUGUUCAGUUAAAAGACGAUUUUCGCUCUGCUUUAUUUAAUCUUGCUCUUCUUUUGGCGGAUGAUCACCGUCCUCUUGAAGCUGCGCCUUUUCUAAAUCAAUUAGUCAGAUAUCAUCCGGAUCAUGUCAAAGGAUUAAUCCUUCUCGGCGAUAUUUAUAUAAAUAACAUAAAAGAUUUAGACGCCGCUGAAAGCUGUUAUCGGAAAAUUCUUAAAUUGGAGCCUGAAAACGUUCAAGGACUUCACAAUUUGUGCGUUGUUUUUGUCGAAAGAGGAAAUCUUCAAAAAGCAGAAGGUUGCCUUAAACAGGCUCUAAAACUCGCACCGAACGAAGAAUACAUUUCUCGUCAUUUGAAAAUCGUUCAACAGCGUUUAAUCAAACAAAAUUAUUCGUAUACCUCUCCUCCAUCUUCCGACUCUGAAUUUUUCGACAAAAAUAUCGAUUCCGAACAUGAGAAAAGGAAAUACACGAUGAAAGGGAAUCAAAGUAAAGAUGGAGACGGUCUAAGUGACGGUUCAGAAAAGAAAGGGGUUAAAAAACAUGUUCCUGACUUUGAAAAGACUGAUAAUGAUGAUGAUGAUAAUGUGGUGUUUUAUGAAAACAAUAAAGUAAAAAAUAAAGCCAACCCCACGUUGUUGGCUAAUAAUAAUAAUAAUAAUAAUAAUAAUAAUAAAUUAAAAAAAUCAUAUUUCGAAGAAGAUAGUUAUCCUCGUAAAGAAGCUGUGAUCGAAGCAACUGUACCAUCAAAUAUUGUCAAAUCUAAAAAGAAAAGAAGUAUUUUAUCACACGAUUUGGAUGAAGUUUCACUCUCAUAG